GACAUUUGUAUAUCAACAAACUCUCAGUACAGUUUGCUUCGUAAAAUUGCUGUAAAUCGAGCUCUACGGCUAUGGCCAAUCGAACGGUUAAGGAUGCCAGAAAUGUGCACGGCACAAAUCCUCAAUACUUGAUCGAAAAAAUCAUCCGUUCCCGAAUCUACGAUUCAAAGUACUGGAAAGAACAAUGUUUCGCCUUGACGGCAGAGCUUCUGGUCGACAAAGCGAUGGACAUACGUUUUCUGGGCGGAGUUUUCGGUGGUAAUAUCAAACCGACGCCUUUCCUUUGUCUUACUCUCAAAAUGCUGCAAAUUCAGCCAGAGAAGGACAUCGUAGUAGAGUUCAUCAAGAAUGAGGAGUUUAAGUAUGUGCGAGCUCUGGGUGCAUUCUAUUUGCGGCUUACUGGAUCGUCCCUGGACUGCUACAAGUAUCUUGAACCGUUGUACAAUGACAAUCGCAAACUUCGGCGGCAAAAUCGUAUGGGAUGUUAUGAGCUAGUGCACAUGGAUGAGUUUAUCGACGAUCUGCUGCGUGAGGAGCGAGUGUGUGAUAUUAUCCUGCCCCGCAUUCAGAGGCGGAUUAUAUUGGAGGAGAACAAUGAGCUAGAACCGAAGGUGUCAGCGUUGGAUGACGAUCUAGACGAAGAAAUGCCUAGUGACGAUGAUAAUUUGGAAGAGAUUGCAGAAGCCCUGAAGGUGAAGGAAAAAGAGAAGAAGCUGGAAACGAUUAAAAUCCGUGACAGUAAGCGGGAACGAUCGGCAUCGAGGGAGCGACAAUCCGAGAAGGCGAAGGAAUCGCACAAAGAGCGUGGGACGGAACGCUAUCGGGAUUACGAUAGACCACGUGAAAGGGAUCGAGACUACGAGCGAAGAGACCCACCAGCGGAUCAUCGUUACAAGGAUAGGGAGAUACGCGAGAAGGAACGAGAUCGUCAACGACGAUACGAUAGAGAACGGGUAGACGAUCGUGAUCGAAUUCGCAGAUAUGGUGACAGAGAUAGAGACCGGGAACGUGAGCGUGACAGAGAUCGUGAUCGCCGGGAUAGGGAAUACGACCGAGAUCGAGAUCGAGACUACGAUAGACGUCGGCGGUAGACAUAUGGCUCGUUAUACCCUCCAAGUGUGUGCAUAAUAAAAUAUAAUUUUAUCGUUAGAAUACAAGCGCUGUAUGAUAAUAGAUUCCCGGCUAAAUCGAGAAGGAAACAAGAGGAACAGAAAUAACCGGUCAGAAAAAAGCGUAAUGUCACAAGUAGGCUAGAAAUAUUCUGACACGAAAAAAACAUCAUGGGUAUAAGACGGUCCGUCAUACCGGGCGCGAGUAUACGAGUUAUGAUUUUGCGCGUGAGUACAGGAAGGCAGUUGUGGCAACAAACGAUAUACGAGGGUCGUUCAAAAAAUAAGUUUCAGUGCCUCAGAAAUCUGGGUCUGGGGAGUAAGGAGGAUGCUCGAACACAGUCCAUUUGAAUUUUUUCAAUUGCUCUUGAGUUACGCGAGCUGAAUGGGGCCGCGCAUUAUCGUGGAUGAGGAACACUCCUUUCGUCAAUAAACCUGGCCUUUUGUUCUUAAUCGGUCCAAAACUUCACAAUAGUACGGUGAUAAAACAGGCGUUCGGCGGUCAACGAUUCGAUAUUACUGAAUAAAUUUGUGACGCAGUUACAUCGUAUUUAAAAAGGUUGGACGCUACGCACUUCGCACUCGGAAUAGAAAAACUCGUGCCACGCUGUGAAAAAUGCCUCGAACGUUACGGCGAUUAUGAAGAAACAUAGAAAAUAAAACGAUUAUGAUUAUGAAAAUGAUUAUGAAAAUCACCUUAUUUUUUGUCCUUUAUUCUCCGCGAUUUCUGAGGCACUGGAACUUAUUUUUUGAACGACCCUCGCAUUUCCGGGCAAACGUAUGCCGUCCGACACUUGCUAAAGCUCGGUCGGACCUUACUAAAGGAUCGUGUCCUAUGUUUCAAACUAACCGGGCAAUUAGCCGGGACGUAUGGUGGAAACUGGGAUGGGUUGUUCGUUGAGCGCGAACUGUGUUGUCGUAGAUUAAACGAGAAAGGAAGUUGUACUCCUCCAAUGAAGGUGAACCAUCUCUGAAAUUGAUGGCUAGAGCAAUCGCGUCCGGAUAUUUUUUCCAGACAAUGUGUAUGGUGAAGUUGUAUGCCAUGUUUAUAGAUUUAGAACAGCGGUACUCAACUUUUUUUUCCAUAGGGGCCACAAACACACGUUAAUCAUGGUGUCGCGGGCCGCAAAAAAAAGAAGGUAGGUGUUCAAGCUACGACGGCAAUGUUAACGUAGAACUACUGUAGUAUCGAUGGAGGUGGUCAAGGUGAAGAAAUACACGUGAAUACUUGUUGCUGGUCAGAAUAGGAAUGUCGUUUAUUAUCGAUUUACAUUGGGUUACAGUGAGAGGGUUUCAAGGUAUCUUUAUAAAACAGGUGAUGCUACUAAAGAACAAAGUAAACAUAUUGAAAGGUAAUUUAUGCGGUUACGAUACUACAUUCACUUCCCCUUUUUGAAAGUUUCUGUUCAAGUUUUUUUCUCAUUUCAAACAACCAGAUAGGGGGGUCUUCGUAGCCACUUGGUUACGCGUUCGCUUACCAAGCGAUCGAUCGUGAGUUCAAACUCAGGGCCCUCAAUUGACCAUCUUUGUGUUCUUAUAGAAUAACUACGUCCACGCAACCAUCAUCAGCGAUGGAGAACGAAAUAAGAUCGAAAUAAGAUCGAUUCAUCCAUACAACUGCUCUGCUCUGCAAGACACAUCGGGCUGCUGUUCUAUAAAUAACUCAACAAUGAUCAAUAUCAACUGUCUCCGCUGUCCGGUCUGCUGAACAAUGGAUGAACAGAAAGAAUACCCUUACGCCUAAAUGGCUACUACUGUGUAAUUUACCAUAAUGUAAUGGAACUGAAAACUUAACGCCUAAAUGGCUACUACUAACUACUGUGUAAUUUACAAUUUAUAGAAACAUAAACAUAUGUACAUGUACACGAUUAAAACCCGGCUCUGU